AUGCCGCGUAUGACAAACUUGGAUCGAAUUUCGAAGACCACCAAGGAAUUGCUAGAACAAAGAAGGACUUGGGGGCUAGAUCCAAAUGCUUCGCACAUUGAGCGAGAUCUCCGUGACCACAAUAUUCCACUAGCCGUGUGGCUGAGCGAAUAUGGCUCUCGCACCUCUUCUCGUGACAUGGAAAUCGUUAGGGAGAGAUUCUACUCGAACCUUUUGCGUUCAUCAACUCCUGUGUCAAGCCCGAUCAUCCCUCCUGGCGAAGCUCCACAGCGGAUUCUCCCUUCAAAAGUACGAGUCGCUAUCAAGAUCAUGAAACCUGGCACAGCCCCCGGACCUGAUUUUAUAUCAGCAGACUUUCUUCGGGCUGGGGGCCAUCCGUUUCAUGUAAUCUUAGCAGCGCACAUGACAUCCUACCUUCAGAAAGAAAGGAUCCCAGACCAGUGGCAGACCUCGCAAACCGUUCUUAUCCAUAAGAAAUGUGACCGGGAGGAUCUUCGGAACAAUCUUCCGAUAUGCCUGCUGAGCGUGAUAUACAAAGUAUUCAGCAGGAUAAUCUCCACGCUCAUAUCUAGGACGCUGGAUGAAGCCCAGCCUCAAGAACAAGCGGGGUUCCGUCAGGGAUUGAGCUGCUUGGACCACAUCCAGACCGUGUCGAAGGUCAUAGAGGUUUGCCGGGAAUACCGCCUGCCCCUUACUCUAACCUUCGUCGACGGUGGGAAAGCCUUCGACAGCAUAGAAACGAAUGCAAUACUGUCAGCGCUGGUCGAUCAAGGUGUGGACGCGUCGUAUGUGAGGACAUUAGCCAAUUGCUACGAUCGAUGCACCAAGAUACAGCUAGAAGAUACAGCUUUUCCACCGCUCCCUCACCAUACCCAUUGGAAAGGGGUACGACAAGGCGAUACUAUAUCGUCGAAGCUGUUCACGGCUGCAUUGCAAUGGAUAAUGAAAUCACUUUCCUGGGAAGGAAGGGGCAUAUGUGUUGAUGGAAGUUUUCUCUCAAACCUUCGUUUCGCGGACGACAUCGUUCUCUUUUCGAGCAGUACCAUUGAAGCAAACGAAAUGAUGCUCAAGGAAAACGCCUUAUGCGAUGACGGAGGAGUGCAACUUGAAGGCUCCCAAAUCGUGGAAACUUCAUUAUACGUAUACCUCGGACGUUCUAUGAACAUGGAAAACGACUUGAAGGAAGAACUGAAUAGAAGGACGGGACCAGAUGAGCUCGACAGGCCAACAAUAUUUGUAUCCGUACUGGAAUGCGAGGAUAAGUUUCACUGGUAUGAUGGAUUCCCCACAUAUCGCCCGAGUUCUGUAAAUGAGGGAACGUGCAGAAAUGACUACUCUCUUUUUCUUGUGCUCAACAAUAAUACGAUGACCCCUUAUUUGUUACAACUCCCUCCGCAAAGAAUUUCAACGUUCCCUAGCAUACAGUUACCGUGGAGCUAA